AACGUCUGCAACUAUAAAUAUCCAUAAAUGGAGAAGAAAAACUCAGAAAAAAAUAUUAAGCCAUAGAAACUACAUUAAUUGGUCGCCAUGGCUGCGGAAGUUGGUGGAUGGGAGGAGGUGCAGAGAGCAGACGCUUACGAGAAGCAGGAUGUUGCUUCAAACACUGAAAGCGAAGGAUUGGGCCCUGUUUCAAGAGAAUCCAAAGAGAAAAUGGAGGGUAAAGUGAAGUAUAAUGGAGAGGAAAAGCAACAGGACGCCUCUGCUGUUGUUGGAGAUGAUGAAGGAGAUGAAGAGCUUCAUUGCCGUCAUCACAGUUCUGAUUCCGACACCAAAUCCAACGGCUCUGGAAAUAACUCCGACAAUAGCUCUAAAUCAGCCCCUCAGUGUAAUUCUAAGGAGAAAGCUAUGAAGAAGAAACAGAAGAGAAGGUCUCUGAAAGGGAGAUCAAAGAAGAAAACAACUGAACCGAAAGAUGAAGACGAGCUUCAAUACCAGAGCGGUGAUUCAAACAACAAUAAUUCUGGUGCUGAUUCUGAUAAUAGUACUAAAUCCAACUCUAGCUCUAAAUCUAACUCUGGUACCAAGUCUGGCUCAAACUCGGGAAACGAGAAAAAGAAAGAAAAAAAGGCUAACUCGGAGCAAAAGAAAGAUGAGGCCAUUAAUAAACAGAAGGAAGAAUCUGGGCAAGAUAAAAAGCUCACAGAGGUUGCUGAUGAAAUCAAAGCGGAGGAAGAAAGCAAUAGUGAUAAGACAGCAUCAAAGGAAAAGAAGGGAAUAAUUGGAAGGAUCAUGGAGAAAUUGCCGGUUUAAUUGCACAAAUAACAACUGAUUACAGCAGAAGAAGCAUGAAAUUUCUGCUGGCUUUGUUUAAAUAAAUGUGAUGAUAUAAUAAUAUGGGAUGUUCUCAAGUCAUUGAAUAUGUUGGUAUAAGAAUCAUGUGCAACGGUGAAGAAUCUCGUGCACUAAGUAUAAGAGGCCUUCAAAGCCAUAUUAUUACAUAAUCAAUGUAAAUAAAUCAUUGCAUAAAUGAAAUUAUGAAAUUUUACAGUUU